ACCAACACCAAUACAUACACACACUCGUGUAUCUAUACAUCCCACACGCACCAACAGUGCGAAAACGAUAGCUUUCCUACCCAGAUCUUGCAACCCGGUCCCACAGAAAAAGACACAGCCGCCGAUAACCCUAAUUACCACCAACGACCUUAAAGAUCCAAGGUUGGGAUUGGAUCUAUUAUUAUUUUCUUCAUUUUAUUAUUAUUAUUUUCAUUUUAAUAAUAAUCCAUACCCUCCAUCUCUAUAUAAUUCACACAAUUUGCUUACAUUUUUGCAGCCCCAUCUCCCAUAUCUCUAACCAGUGGCCACUUUUCUUUUAUCUUUUUCAUAAAAAAAUUCAUUCUUUUGGGGCUUUUCUUUAAUCAUAGGGUGUGAUUUUGAAGAUCUAGUUUUGUGUGGUGGGCUUCUUUCAAUGGGAGCUUUAGAUGAUGGACACUAUUGUGUGGUGCUUGAAAAUGGUGUGAAGUUGCUUGAUGGGGGGUUUGAGCAUGAACCAGAAACUGUGGCGAUUGAAGAUGCUGUGAAGGUUUUGUUGCAGGGUUUGGGUGAAGAUGUUAAUAGAGAAGGGCUUAGGAAGACCCCUCUUCGUGUUGCUAAAGCCCUUCGUGAAGGAACUAGAGGGUAUAAACAGAACGUAAAAGAUAUAGUUCAAGGUGCGUUAUUCCCGGAAGUGGGUGUAGAAAAUGGAACCGGGCUUGCUGGAGGAUCGGGCGGGCUGGUUCUCGUUAGAGACAUUGAUCUCUUCUCAUACUGCGAGUCUUGUUUACUCCCUUUCCAGGUCAAAUGCCACGUAGGCUAUAUUCCAUCCGGCCAACGCGUUGUGGGCCUUAGCAAACUCUCUCGAGUCGCCGAUAUUUUCGCUAAACGUCUCCAAGAUCCACAACAACUAGCAGACGAUAUUUGUUUCGGUUUACAUCACGGAAUCAACCCAACGGGUGUUGCCGUUGUUCUUCAAUGCUCACACAUUCAUUUCCCCAAUUUCCAAUCCGCUUUUCUUGAUUCGAACCACAAACGAUUGAGUAACGUUACGGUCGGAUCCGGUUUGGGAACUUUUGAAAAUCACGAUUCCGCGAAUUGGGUUGACUUUUUCGGUCUCUUAAGAUGCCGAGACAUAAGUUUAGAUAAUGUCCGUUCAAGAAACUCGUUUAAAGAUUCUUGGUGCCCGUCACGGUCCCAGAAAGUGGACCUCAGUGGUAAUCCCGACAUGGAGACAGCCGUUGCGACGAUCGUACGGUCAUUGGGUCAAGACCUGUGUAGAAAAGAACUUGUGGGUACGCCUAAGCGGUUUGUAAAAUGGCUCAUGAACUUUAAAGAUUCGAACUUGGAGAUGAAACUAAACGGGUUCGCCACCAUGCCGUUGAAAACCGUUGGGGUCGCUAAUUAUAAAGAUAACAUUAGAUCAGAGGUUAAUCUAUCUUUAUGGUCGCUUUGUGAACACCAUUUACUUCCGUUUUACGGGUUAGUUCAUAUCGGUUACAUAUCCGGUGAAGAGAUGAACCCUGUCGGGAAAUCGUUACUGCAGUCGAUUGUGCAUUUUCAUGGUUUUAAACUUCAAGUUCAAGAACGACUAACUCGACAAAUUGCGGAAACCGUGUCGCCGUUGUUGGGUGGAGAUAUAAUGGUCGUUGUGGAAGCGAAUCACACUUGUAUGAUCUCGAGAGGGAUUGAAAAAUUCGGGAGUAAUACCGCUACGAUUGCGGUUUUGGGUCGGUUUUCAAACGACCCGUUAGCGAGAUCGAAGUUUUUACAGAUGAUUCCGAGCUAUUCUUUAUAGACGUUGGGAAGAUGAUAUUUGAUCCGAAUUCCUACGCUUUUCGUUGUUUUUUGUAUGAAUUUCAAGAAAAAAAAGCAUGGCUCAUGAAAGAUCGAGUUCAGGUUCGUUUAUGUGGUGAUCAUUCAUGUUUGUAUCGUUAUUUUCUGGGAAUUUUUGUUGAAUUGAUAGGGUAAGUGUUUUUGGUACGAUUCGAAAUGCUAUGAUAUGAUACAUUUUUCCAUCUGUGGGUAGAGGGAUGUUCAUUUGUAAUUAGCUCGGUUAAAGCUCUCACGUAAUUCAACUCGAGUUACUUAAUGUCGUA